UGACAGCGCACGAGGCCAACGAGUUUCUCGUUGGGAGUUCCUCGUUGGCCUCGACAGUGACAGUAUACAUGUGAUGUGUUACUACAGUGAAAGGAACCUGUGACCACUGAAGUGUUUUCUUUCUCCACGAGACAGUGUCACAAAUUCCUCCAAGAACUCGUAACACAUCACACAUACAAAUGUCAUACUAACAAAUGUAAAUCCACCUGAUGAUGAAGAUUUAAACCUUUGAAAAGCGCCGUGGAGAUCACAUAACAGCCGCUGGGUGCACACACUUUCCGAGUAUAGGCUGGGCGUUCUAGGUCGGGCCAGUUAGCAUCCAGGAAGAACCGUUGCGUCUCAGCACACCAGUGCAGAAGUCAUCGAAAAUUCUGUGGCCGAUGGCGACAUGGAUGAGGAACUACCAGCGCUAUAUAACCCGCUGCGGCUCCACAGAACACCGUCGUCUUUUGGCUGAUUCGGUGGCAGCAAGAUAUCACAGCAAAACCUCCGAGAUGAGCGUGAUGACAUUUUUGUUAUUAGUGCUGGGUGUCACCGCCUUGAGUGAAGGAAGGAGUGUUGUGUUCGAGAACAGACGCAGAGAUACUGUGUGGGUGGGCACCCUUGGCAGUGCUGGAAGGGGAACUCCCAAAGGAGGCGGUUGGGAGAUGCGCCCUGGUUCUUUGGUCACCAUCGACAUGGACGAUCAAUGGGUAGGUCGCUUCUGGGGUCGCACUGGCUGCUUAUUCGAUGGCUACGGACAUGGCAGAUGCCAGACAGGAGACUGUGGCAGGAGGCUGCAGUGUAACGGCACCGGCGGCCAGCCUCCUGUAACGUUUGCAGAAGUCGAACUGGGCGGUUGGGGCAGUCAGGACUUCUACAGCAUCAGUCUUGUUGAUGGCUUCAAUAUCCCCAUCACGAUAGAGCCCAUCGACAAGCAAGGUGGCGGCGACCGCUACCGCUGCAACCCCGCAUCCUGCCCCACCGACAUAAACGCGCUGUGCCCACUCAAGCUCCGCUCCGACGGCGGCUGCAAGAGCGCGUGCCUUGCCUUCAACACAGACCAGUACUGCUGCCGCGGCCGCUUCAACUCAGCACAAGCCUGCAGGUCCUCCUCGUGGCCAAGGAACUACCCCGCCUUCUUCAAGGGCCUGUGUCCCGACGCCUACAGCUACCCCUACGAUGACCACCGGAGCACCUUCACUUGCGAAAAAGCAUCCUACAGGAUCAUCUUUAGUUGAGCCACUGUUAGGAACACAUGAUUCACUUUCCUUCAACAACCCAGGCUUUUAACAAUCAGCUGCAACAAAAUAAAUGACUAAACAAAUAAAGUAGAUAUAAGUUCAUCCAAACUUUUUAUUGCAUGAUGAAUGAGCACUUCCAAUGUAUGAUACAUUUUGUGACUCAAUUACAGGAAUAAACUCUUCAU